GAUGAGUAUCCUCUUAACAAUAGCUUCAUUCACUAUUCUCUUAGUGUUCGGAGCUCUCGCUGAAGGCGAGCAAUGUGGUAGCCAAGCCGGUGGAAAGGUUUGCCCCGGGGGAUUAUGUUGUAGUCAAUUCGGUUUUUGUGGAACCACGCAAGAUUAUUGCGGAAAAAAUUGUCAGAGUCAAUGUAGUUCUACCCCAGUCACCCCGACUGGAGGAGGUGUUAGCUCCCUCAUCUCCAAGGACCUAUUCAACGAGAUGUUGAAGCAUAGGAACGAUGCCAACUGCCCCGGGAAGGGAUUUUAUACUUAUGAAGCUUUCAUUGCCGCCGCUAACUCUUUUAAUGGCUUCGCUACGACCGGAGACAUUGAUACUAGGAAGAGAGAAAUCGCCGCAUUCUUAGCCCAAACUUCUCAUGAAACUACGGGUGGGUGGCCAACUGCACCUGACGGGCCAUAUUCUUGGGGCUAUUGUUUCGUUCAAGAACAGGGAAACCCGGGGGCCUAUUGUGUGUCAUCUGCCGAAUGGCCAUGCGCUCCGGGCAAGAAAUACUUCGGUCGCGGCCCUAUCCAAAUUUCCUACAACUACAACUACGGGCAAGCAGGUAAAGCUCUCGGGCUCAAUCUCCUCAACAACCCCGACUCAGUUGCAACUGACCCAACCGUUUCUUUCAAGACUGCGCUGUGGUUCUGGAAUACAGCACAAUCGCCAAAACCAUCGUGCCACAACGUUAUCACAGGGAGGUGGACUCCGAGCGGGUCGGAUACAGCGGCAGGAAGAGUGCCUGGAUACGGCGUGAUCACAAACAUCAUAAACGGAGGGAUCGAGUGCGGAAAAGGGGGUCCAGUGGCCCAAGUGGAGAGUAGGAUUGGGUUCUAUAAGAGAUAUUGUGAUCUAUUUAGGGUGGGCUAUGGUAACAAUCUAGAUUGCUAUAAUCAAAGGCCUUUUGCCUAAUCACAAAAUAAAUAAGUCAAAGAAAAAUAAUAGAAGGGGCAAUAAUAAUAAUAAUAAUAAAUAAAUAGACUGCCCAUAUAUGUAUUUAAUUAGAUCAUAGAGAUCAAAACCAUCUCUUAUACCUAAUUUCUAUAUUAAUCUUGGUUCAAUCAUAGA